AUGGGUCGUGAUUUGAAGAAGCAGUUAUUAUUCGAAACUGCUACCGAAGUAGCCAACAGAGUUGGUGGUAUUUACUCAGUUUUAAAAUCAAAAGUUCCUGUAACUGUAGCUGAAUUCGGUGACAAUUAUACUUUACUUGGUCCAUUGAAUAAAGCUACUUACCAAACCGAAGUCGACCAAUUCGACUGGAUGGAUGACAACAACUAUCCUGAUGAUUUGAGAUUUAUUAAGUCUGUAUUAAUGAGAAUGAGUGAACGUGGCGUACAUUUCGUUUACGGUCGUUGGUUGGUCGAAGGCUCUCCUCGUGUGCUAUUGUUCGACUUAGGCUCUGUAUCUCAUUUUUUGAAUGAAUGGAAGAAAGACCUUUGGGAUUUAGUGGGUAUUCCAACCCCAGAAAACGACAGCGAAACUAAUGAUGCAGUUUUGUUAGGUUACACCGUCACUUGGUUCUUAGGUGAAUUGGCAUUUAUUGAUCAAGAACAUGUAAUCAUUGCACAUUUCCAUGAAUGGUUGGCCGGUGUAGGUUUACCACUUUGUAGAAAGAGAAGAAUCGAUUUAGUCACCAUCUUUACUACUCAUGCGACUCUAUUAGGUAGAUAUUUAUGUGCAGCUGGUAAUGUUGAUUUCUAUAAUAAUUUGGAUAGAUUUGAUGUUGAUCUAGAAGCUGGUAAGCGUGGUAUUUACCACCGUUAUUGUAUCGAACGUGCUGCUGUCCACACCGCUGACGUUUUCACCACUGUCUCUCAUAUCACUGCUUUAGAGGCUGAAUACUUAUUGAAGAGAAAACCUGACGGUAUCUUACCAAAUGGUUUGAACGUUAAGAAAUUCCAAGCUGUUCAUGAAUUCCAAAAUUUACAUGCUAUGAGAAAGGAAAAAAUCAAUGAUUUUGUCAGAGGCCAUUUCCAUGGUUGCUUCGAUUUCGAAUUAGAUGACACUAUUUAUUUCUUUAUUGCUGGUAGAUAUGAAUAUAAAAAUAAGGGUGCUGAUAUGUUUAUUGAGGCAUUGGCAAGACUAAAUUAUAGAUUGAAAGUGUCAGGUUCCAAGAAAACUGUUGUUGCCUUCAUCAUUAUGCCAGCAAAAAAUAAGUCUUUCACUGUGGAAGCUUUGAAAAGUCAAGCAGUUGUCCAAUCAUUAGAAAGUACUGUUAACGAAGUUACGAAAUUAAUUGGUCAAAGAAUUUUUGACCAUGCUAUAAGAUAUCCUUCCAAGGGCUUUGCAUCAGAAUUGCCUACCAAUUUAGACGAUUUAUUAAAACCAUCUGAUAAAGUUUUAUUGAAGAGACGUACAUUGAAUUUGAGAAGACGAGAAGGUGAAUUGCCACCAAUCGUUACCCAUAACAUGAUCGAUGAUGCCACUGAUCCAAUUUUGAAUCAAAUUAGAAGCGUCCAAUUGUUCAACAAUUCAUCUGACAGAGUUAAAAUUAUUUUCCACCCUGAGUUUUUGAAUGCAAACAAUCCAAUUUUAAGUUUAGAUUAUGAAGAUUUCGUUCGUGGUUGUCAUUUAGGUGUUUUCCCAUCAUACUAUGAACCUUGGGGUUACACUCCUGCCGAAUGUACUGUCAUGGGUGUUCCAUCAAUUACCACCAACGUUUCAGGUUUUGGUGCAUACAUGGAAGAUUUAAUUGAAACUGACCAAGCUAAGGACUAUGGUAUUUACAUCGUUGACCGUCGUUUCAAGAGUCCUGAAGAAUCUGUUGAACAAUUAGUUGAUAUGAUGGAAGAGUUUGUUAAGAAGAAUAGAAGACAAAGAAUCAACCAAAGAAAUAGAACUGAGAGAUUAUCUGACCUAUUGGAUUGGAAGAGAAUGGGUCUUGAAUACAUGAAAGCACGUCAUUUAGCAUUACGCAGAGGUUACCCAGAUGAGUAUAAAGAACUAACAGGUGUUGAAGGUGACGACACUGACAUGAACACAUUGGUUAUGGAUAAAAAAGUUAAAUUAUCCAGACCAUUAAGUGUUCCAGGAUCCCCAAGAGACUCCUACGGUAGAGCAAACAGCAUCAGUGCAGUUUAUAUGACCCCAGGUGAUCUAGGUACCUUACAAGAAAUCAAUACUGCCGAUGAUUACUUCUUACUAGCUAAAGGCGAAGAAGAAGAAGAAGAUGACGAAGAUGAUGAAAACGUUGACGAAUAG